AUGGAGAAAUACGAAAAAUAUAAAGCCGGAGUGGAAACUCGUGGUCAUUUUAAAUCGGCAGUCAGGUCCGCCGGAAACGAGAAUCGUCGGUGGCAUGGUACGCGUCGCACAUGCGCAAUAGGAGAUAACGCGCAAGCACAACUUUGCACCGCUCCUGGCUGUUCCUUGUGCUCUAUUAUUAAAACAUCCUUCGACGUAACUCUGACGGGCAAGCGCACCGGGUGGGGAAGAUUUGGGAGUGGCAUUUACACAUCUUCGACAUCGUCCAAGUCCAACGACUAUUCGGCUAACACUGGGAUUACCAGCUCCCUGAAAGCCGUGCUUCUCAACAAGGUGGUCGUUGGAAAAGGUUGCAAAGAGACCAACAACAAGACGUCUCUUACAGCUCCGCCUCCUGGUUUCGAUUCGGUCCUCGGCGAGACGGGCGGUGUACUCAACUACGACGAGUUAAUUGUUUAUACUAAUGAUGCCAUUCGGCCUUCCUAUCUAGUCAUGUACGAGCCGUGA